AGUAGGCAGAGGACAGCGGCAGCAGUGGCUGCUGUUUGCUAUUGUUCAGCCAGAACGUUCUCCUUUUCGCUCCAGCCAACUAGACAUUGAAGCCGAGGAGAUCCGCCACACGCGCUGUUCCUUCAGGGAACACUAACUGAAGAGGCACGCAAACUCUUUCAGUCUGUGUGACUGAACUUCUUUCUCUGCUCUCGUUAGGGUUUCUUUUCCUCCUGACCGAGUGGAUUUUACCCGACUCAGGGGAGCCAUGGGACUUGGGGUUAGGGGUGCAAGGACAGCGCCCCUAUGUUUAUGGAGGUUAUUUUUACUGCUCUGUGGAAUCUGGACCGCUUGCUCCCAAACGACAGGAGACGGGAAGUCACUGUACUUCUGGGAGACAGGUCCAUGGGGCAGAUGUAUGGGCAGCGAGUGCGGUCCAGGAGGCAGUCAGAGUCGGGCGGUGUGGUGCGCUCAUGUGGAAGGCUGGACGACCCUUCACACCAACUGUCUUCAGUCCACGAGGCCGGCCAACCAACAGAGCUGCUUCCACGUCUGCGACUGGCACAAGGACCUAUACGACUGGUGGCUAGGCGAGUGGAACCAGUGUGUUCCCGUAUCGCUGCAGACCGGCCGCACGGGCGUUUGCCUGCAGGGCGAAGAGGGCAUCCAGACGCGGGAGGUGAACUGUGUGCUCAAGGCGGACAGCUCAGCUGCCGACGACACCAUCUGUGAGUACUUUGAGCCCAAACCCCGGCAGGAACAGGCCUGUUUAAUUCCUUGCCCUCAAGACUGUGUGGUGACCGAGUUCACCCCAUGGACCACGUGCUCCAAGACCUGCGGGCUGGGCCUGCAGAACCGCGUCCGCUCCAUCGUGGCACCACCGCUUUUCAGCGGGCUUCCUUGCCCCAAUCUGACGGAGUUCCAGACAUGUGCGCCGAGGGCCUGCGAGGGCAGAGAGAUGGUGUUCAGUCUGAAAGUGGGCGGAUGGAGCGAGUGCAAGCUGGCGUCUUUACAGCCACCUCCGACCUCCUCUGCCGCCCCCUCGCGCACCGCCCGCCAGGCCCGCCAGCGUAAAGGCAAAGAGAGGAAAGGGAACCGGGACCCGGAGAUGCGCGAGCUUAUUAAGAGCAAAAGGAACCGCAACAAGCUGAAUCGACUAGAGGACGAGCUCUGGAAUGUGGAAAUAGGCUACCAGUCUCGGCAAGUGGUUUGUGUGCAUCGAAACGGAAGCACGGUGUCACUCAGCCAGUGUCCCCACUGGAGUCUUCCGGAGACGUUCCAGUCCUGCCUGAUGACUAAAGACUGUGUGGUCAGUGAAUGGAGCGUGUGGGGCUCCUGCUCAAAGACCUGCUCAGACCCUAGUGUUCCUCAGGGCACACGCUCCCGCAGCAGACAGCUGAUACGGCUUCCUACCGGAGGAGGGUCUGAGUGUCCCCAGCUGGAGGAAAGCCAGGCCUGUGAACCUGAAGGGGAUGGGGUGCCGCCCUGCGCCACUUAUGCCUGGCGGACCACUGAAUGGAGCGAAUGUCGUGUUGAUGCACUGCUCAGCCAGCAGGACCGGCGGCGUGGGAACCAGACGGGUUUGUGUGGUGGAGGUGUGCAGAGCAGAGAAGUGUACUGCUUCCAGGACUAUGCAGAACUUCACAGCUACAUCUAUAACAACAAAGACAAACAAGAAGGUCAGUCUCCAAACAGCCAGAUGCCUAGUGUCCCUCCCCUCCUGUCUAUCAGCUAUGAGAUCUCAGCAUCAAAACCCGUCAACGUUCUGUUCUGCAAGGGAACGACUCUAAGUUUCAAGUUCAGACGACGUACGAUCACUAAUUACCCCACAGGUGGCGAGGGGAACUGUCCUCAUCUGGUGGAGGCCAUCCCGUGUGAUGAUCCCAGCUGUUUUAGCUGGCAGCUGGUCAAGCUAGAGGAGUGUAUCCCUGAAGAAGACAUGGACUGUGGAGAGGGAACGCAGACUCCACAGGUCCGCUGCAUCAACAGCGAAGGUACAGAGGUGGAGAAGGAGAUGUGUGUGGAUGAGGUCUACCCUUCAUUUGUGCCCUGUGUGGUUCCCUGCCCUAAAGACUGCGCUCUCAGUCUCUGGACCGAAUGGUCCACCUGCUCCCAGACCUGCUCUAGCAAAACCGCCGAGGGCAAGCAGAUGAGAACACGAGCCAUACUGGCAUACAAUGCAGGAGAAGGAGGUUCCAGCUGUCCGAACACCAGCACCCUGCAGGAGGUGCGGAACUGUAAUGAGCAUCCUUGCAUCAUGUAUCACUGGCAGACGGGCCCGUGGGGACCGUGUGUGGAGGACACCACUACAUCCAUAAAUUCCUCCUCCAGCGCAGAAAAAUCCACCUGCACCGUGGGUGUGCAAACGCGCAAGGUCAUCUGCGUAAAAGUCAACGUCGGGCAGGUACCGCCCAAAAAAUGUCCUGAAGCCCCUCGCCCAGAAUCAGUAAGACCCUGUCUGCUGCCGUGCAAGAGAGACUGUAUCGUCACUCCCUUCAGUGAAUGGACAGAGUGUCCCACAUCCUGUGAAACAGGUACAAAUGCGCAGAAGAAUAAACAGUUUCGCUAUCGAAUGAUCAUCCAGAUGUCAGCUAAUGGAGGUCAGGAGUGUCCAGACGUCCUCUAUGAAGAGAAAGACUGUCCGACUCCAUCUGUCUGUCCGGGUUACAGGUGGAAAACGCACAAGUGGCGUAAAUGUCAGCUGGUCCCAUGGAGCAUCCGCAGAGACAGUAAAGGAGCUCAGGAGAACUGUGGAGCUGGAGUCCAAACUAGAGCUAUCUCGUGUAGGCAGCUGGAUGGUACAGUGGCUGAUGUGGUUCAGUGUCUGAAGUUUGCCAGCAGCAUGCCGGUUAUGAGCCAGCCCUGCCAGUUACUGUGCCGAGACGACUGCCAGCUCUCCAACUGGUCCAAGUUCUCUCCUUGCACCUCAGACUGCGUAGGGGUCCGUACGCGGAGGAGAGCUCUCGUGGGAAAAAGCAAGAAGAAGGAUAAGUGUAAGAAUGGCCAGAUGUACCCGCUGAGCGAGACCCAGUACUGCCCCUGUGACAAAUACAACGCCCAGCCGGUGGGAAACUGGUCUGACUGCAUCCUGCCCGAGGGCCGCGUGGAGAGCGCCGUUGGCGUGAAGGUCCAGGGAGACGUUAAAGAGUGCGGACAGGGCUACCGCUACCAGGCCAUGGUGUGCUACGACCAGGACAACAAGCUCGUGGAGACGUCACGCUGUAACAGUCAUGGGUAUCUAGAGGAGGCCUGCAUCGUCCCCUGCCCGUCUGAUUGUAAACUCAGUGAAUGGUCCAACUGGUCUCGCUGCAGUAAAUCCUGUGGCAGUGGGGUCAAAGUUCGCUCAAAAUGGCUCAGAGAAAAGCCUUACAAUGGAGGAAGACCCUGUCCAAAACUGGAUCACCUUAACCAGCCGUGUUCUGGAAGAGGAGAUCGAGAGAGGACGGCGUUUGCCCUGCGUCUGCCUAAAGAGGGAGAGGACUGUCCGGUUAGCAUGCAGACCGAGCCCUGCCUCCUGAACCGCAACUGCUUUCACUACAGUUACAACAUCACCGCUGAGCUUAGAGAAGAAAUGGCAGAUGAAUGCUUCCUGUACGGUGGAGUGUCCAGUCAACUGCCAGCUCUGAGCUUAGAGAAGAAAUGGCAGAUGAAUGCUUCCUGUACGGUGGAGUGUCCAGUCAACUGCCAGCUGUCUGAUUGGUCAGCAUGGUCAGACUGCUCACAGACCUGUGGCCUUGAAGGGAAGAUGUGGCGCAGACGGACGGUGGUUGAGGCGUCUCAGGGGGAUGGCAGACCGUGUCCGUCUCAGAUGGAGCAGUGGAAGCCGUGUCCUGUGCGACCCUGUUACAGAUGGCAGUACGGCCCGUGGUCCGAGUGCCGUGUUGAGGAGGUGGUGUGCGGGGUGGGACUGCGUUUCCGAAACCUGUCAUGCUUUGUAUCAGACGGCUCCGGCGAUGGGAAGAGCAGCAUUGUAGAGGAUGAGCUCUGUGCUGGAUUGGAGCAGGCCGUCGACGGAGAUAAAAAUAUUAUUUUGGAGGAGACCUGCACUUUACCCUGCCCUGGUGACUGUUACCUGAUGGAGUGGUCCGACUGGAGCCCGUGUCAGAGUGUGUGUGUGAAGGGUCAGCGUUUGGACUUCACUCCGGUGCAGGUCCGUUCACGUGCCGUCAUUGCACAGGAACCAGAGAACAUCGCUCAGUGCCCCGAUCAGGAGUGGCAGUCCCGGCCCUGCAGCAUUGGUGAGUGUUAUGAGUACCAGUGGAUGGGCAGUCCUCAGCCGAUCUGGUGUCAGCGCUCAGAUGGAAUAAACGUCACAGGUGGAUGCCCUCCAGUGCUCCUGCCAGGGACGGACCAGUCAUGUGAUCCACCUUGUGACAAACCACAGACAUUCUGCUCAGAGGAGGGCGUAUGUAUGUGUGAGGAGGGCUAUACUGAGGUGCUGACGGCCGAGGGGACGCUGGAGCAGUGUACACCCAUCCCUGUGCUCGAAAUCCCCACUGCAGGGGACAAGAAAUCUGAUGUGAAGACCAGCCGGGCCAUCAACACCACCCUGCCCACCACGGUACAGCCUGGCCGUGUCGGACGCACCUGGUACCUGCAACCCUUUGGACCAGAUGGAAAGCUGAAGACGUGGGUGUAUGGCGUGGCGGCAGGUGUCUUUGUCCUUCUGGUAUUUAUAGUGUCGAUGAUUUACCUCGCAUGCAAAAAGCCAAAGAAACCUCAGCGAAGACAAAACAAUAAUCGAUUGAAACCCCUGACCCUGGCAUAUGACGGAGAUGUGGACAUGUAGCCUUUCUCGGAAAACUAACGUCAUGAAAGUAUCAUCAGCAAAUGGUUGAAUCUCAUGAAAACAUGGGUCACAUUAUACCCCAAAUUCUAAUGAAAAAAAAAU